AAGGGGAAGUUGACAUCGUGUCCUCUGUCCUAACUGUGUAAACAAGGGCAACGGGCUUCGGAGGGACCGGCCUCCCAGGCGGGGCGGGGCCACGCCUACUAGUCAUAUAACGACAACGCCCACCUCCCUUCUUGUAUAAGACUUCUGAUUUAUUUCUUUUUAAUUAAGGAGUAAAGGUUAUCACGUGAUACCCUGCGCGGAGGGUGCCCCCGAAAGCCAACGAGUUCAGGACGGGUCCGACUUUUGUCCGUUUCUGACGGUUAGCCUGAGGGGGGCGUGGCUUGGCCCGCGGCUCCGCCUCCCGAAGGGAGGGCUCGAGGUGGUAAAUAGGGCCUGCACGUGCGGGGGGAGGCCAGAGGAUUCGAAGUGAGUCCGAGUCGGAAGUAUUCAUUGCUAUCCCUCCCUUUGUUGUCCCGAAGCAUCCGCGGCAGGAGCCAUGAAGGCUGCUCGCAUCGCCCUCCGGAGCGCGGCUCCCUUGGCCUCAGCGGGUGGGAGCCCCUCUGCCGGCGGGGGGCGAGUGACCCGAGAGGUGGAGCACUUUGCUCGCUAUUCUCCGUCGCCCCUGUCGAUCAAGCAGUUCCUGGAUUUUGGAUCAACUAAUGCAUGUGAAAGAACCUCCUUUUCAUUUCUUCGUCAUGAACUUCCUGUGCGGCUAGCAAAUAUUCUGAAAGAAAUUGAUCUCCUUCCUAGUCCAUUGCUGAGCACUCCUUCUGUACAGUUGGUUAAAAGCUGGUAUGUCCAAAGCCUAAUGGAACUAGUGGAGUUCCGUGAAAAGAAACCAGAUGACCAGAAAGUUCUAUCAGAGUUUAUAGAUGCUAUUGUUAAAGUCCGAAACCGACACCAUGAUGUGGUACCCACAAUGGCACAAGGGGUUUUAGAAUACAGAGACUCCUCUAGAAUGGAUCCAUUCAUUAAUCAAAACAUUCAGUAUUUCUUGGAUCGAUUUUAUAUGAAUAGGAUAUCCAUCCGGAUGCUAAUAAACCAGCAUACUCUACUUUUUGAUAACAGUGACACAGUGGGUAAUCCACAGCAUAUUGGAUGUAUUGACCCUUGCUGUGAUGUUGUCGAUCUUGUGCAUGAUGCUUUCCAAAGUGCCCAGAUGCUUUGUGACCAGUACUACUUUGCUUCUCCAGACUUAAAACUUACUCAAGUGAAUGGAAAGGCAGAUGGACAACCUAUUCACAUAGUAUAUGUACCUUCUCAUCUCUUUCAUAUGUUGUUUGAACUCUUCAAGAAUGCAAUGAGGGCCACAGUUGAACAUCAGGAAAACAAGCCCUCUCUUGAUCCAGUUGAGGUGACUGUUGUGCUUGGAAAGGAAGAUCUAUCAAUUAAGAUAUCUGAUAGAGGUGGUGGAGUUCCAGUAAAGAAGACAGAAAACCUCUUCAGCUACACGUACUCUACAGCACCAAAACCUGUAAUGAACAGCAAAAAUUCAACUCCUUUGGCUGGUUUUGGUUAUGGCUUACCAAUUUCUCGCCUGUAUGCUAAAUACUUUCAUGGAGACCUUCAUCUGUGUUCUAUUUCUGGUUAUGGGACAGAUGCUAUUAUUUACCUAAAGGCUUUGUCCACAGAAUCAGUAGAAAAACUUCCUGUUUUCAACAAAUCCGCUUGCAAACAUUAUCAGACUGCUAUAGAAGCAGACGAUUGGUGUGCACCAAGUAAAGAACCAAAAAAUUUAUCAAGGCAGAGUGCAACUGCAUGAAAUCUGCCUUUAACUAGGAUGUUGAAAGGGGAUCAAAAACCAGCGUUUCAGUUGGAACUAAUGAAAAAAGUAACUUGAUAUCACUCCUCUUCUGUACUGGAUGUAAGAAAGAAGUGGUCACAUUGAACAGGAGAUUACAGUGCAGACUGUAUCAGUUAUUUAUGUUUCAGCAUGAAUAAUGAAGAUAGAUGCAUUAAGAGAGAUGCAUAGGAAGGUGUGCAUAUUAUUUUUAAUUUAGAGUUUAAAUUGACACUCCAAAGUGUUAAUGUUUUCAGACUUAUGAGCUCGGUCUGUGUGUUCAAAACCUGCAUGUUAUGGUUGAAUGCCAACACUCAAUAUUCACUAGAUACUCCAGCCUAUUACUAAAGUGUGACUUCUAGUUAUAUAUAUAUUUGAGACACUCGCAGCCAGGGGAGGGCCUACUUGAAAGGGCAACUAUAUUACCCCUGCCUACUUUGACUUGAUAAAAAUCUUAGGCAGGAGUACAGUGCAACGUACAUCUUUCUU